CUACUGAACGGUUCAGUCUUCUCUUGGUGAGAUAUGUAUAGCCGGAUCCAAUUUCAUAGAUAACCACUUCAUUGAACCGUAGCGGGAGCGACUUGACCCGACACCGGUGGAUAUAGCGCCAUCUACAGGCACCUGUUGAGAGUUUCAACGAUGGCGGGGAUACACGAAGGUCCUGAAUAUGGGAUCGGGGAUUUUGUACUACUGCGAGAUCUUACUCUCGAUGCUUUUAUGGAAAAUCUUAAACACAGGUUUGAGAAGGGCAAGAUCUACACCUACAUCGGGGAGGUGGUUGUGUCCGUCAACCCAUACAGGUCAGUGGAUUUAUACAAUCAGAGUUACGUUGAGGAGUACCGAGGCCGGGAGAUCUAUGAGCGGCCCCCGCACAUCUUUGCACUUGCUGACAAUGCCUACAAGACGAUGAAGAGGAAUGCCAGGGACACCUGUAUAGUCAUUUCAGGUGAGAGCGGGGCAGGCAAGACAGAAGCAUCCAAGAUCAUUAUGCGAUACAUUGCUGCAGUCACAAAUGUAAGCGGACAGAAGGAAGUAGAAAGGGUAAAGGAUGUCCUCAUCAAGUCCAACAAUAUUCUGGAAGCAUUUGGAAAUGCCAAGACCAAUAGGAAUGAUAACUCAAGUCGCUUCGGUAAAUACAUGGACAUCAACUUUGACUUCAAGGGGGAUCCGGUCGGAGGUCACAUUAACAACUACUUGCUGGAAAAGAGUCGGGUUGUGUACCAGCAGGAUGGCGAGCGGAACUUCCACUCCUUCUAUCAGCUUCUGUCGGGAGCACAAGAUGACCGGCUGAGCAAGUUGAAGCUGACCAGAGACUCCACACAGUAUCAUUACGUGAGACAGGGAGGGAGUGCCAAGGUUGAUUCCAUCAAUGAUCGGCGUGACUUCAAGUCUGUGAUGGAUGCCAUGAAAGCCACUGGGUUCGCCUUCAUGCAUGUGGAGACGUUAUGGAGCAUCGUUGCAGCUGUCAUACACCUGGGCAAUGUGGAGUUUGGUGUGGCAGAGGAGGAAGACAUCGCGUGUGUAGGGAACCAGUCAGUCAGCAACAUCAUCGCCGGGCUGCUGGGGGUGCGGCCGGACCAACUUGAGAAGGCGCUGUGCUCGCGUACCAUCGCUGCUGGAGGCAACGUUGUGGAAAAGGGACUCACGAAGAAGGACGCCUACUUUGCCAGGGAUGCCUUUGCUAAGGCAAUCUAUGACCGUAUGUUCAGCUGGAUAGUGGGGCGCAUCAAUGAGGCAAUUGACCCCAAGGCCAGCGGCGUCCGAUACACCAGCAAGGGUACCGUCAUCGGAGUCCUCGACAUCUAUGGCUUUGAGAUCUUUGACAACAACAGCUUUGAGCAGUUCUGCAUCAACUACUGCAACGAGAAACUCCAGCAGCUGUUCAUAGAGUUGGUGCUGAAGCAGGAACAGGAAGAGUACAUGCGGGAGGGCAUCGAGUGGCAGCAUGUGGACUACUUCAACAACAAGGUGAUCUGUGACCUGGUGGAACAGCCCCACAAGGGGGUCCUGGCCAUCCUGGACGAGGCCUGUCUCAGCGUGGGCAAGGUCACGGACAAAAUGUUCCUGCAGGCCAUGUCCCAGAAGCUGAACCACCAUGACAGGUUCACCUGCAGAUCGCUUGUGCCGUCUGACAAGACCCUGGACCAUGACAAGGACUUCCGUAUUAAGCAUUACGCGGGCGAUGUCACCUACUCCGUGGAGGGCUUCAUCGACAAGAACAGGGACACUCUCUUCCAGGACUGCAAGAGACUUCUGUUCAACAGUGACAACGAGCUGCUCAAGUGUAUGUGGCCAGAAGGGAAGCUGUCCGUGACUGAGACCACCAAGCGCCCCAUCACAGCUGGCACCAGCUUCAAGAGCUCCAUCAUCUCUCUGGUGCAGAACCUGGCCUCCAAGGAGCCCCACUAUGUGCGGUGUGUCAAGCCGAAUGAGAUCAAGUCGCCGGUGGUGUUCGACGACACGAGGGUGAAGCACCAGGUGAUGUACCUGGGCCUGAUGGAGAACGUCCGUGUGAGGAGGGCAGGGUUUGCCUACAGGAUGGGCUACACCAGGUUCCUACAGAGGUACAAGUGUAUCACGUCGAAGACAUGGCCCAAGUUCCGGGGAUCUGAUUUUGAUGGCGUCAAGAGUAUUAUACAGGAGCUGAACUUUGACAGUGAUGUCAAAUACGGACGCUCCAAACUGUUCAUCCGAUCCCCUCAGACCCUGUUCUCGCUGGAAGAAACCCGUGACUCCAAGAUACCACCAAUAGUGCUCUUCCUGCAAACGCAUUGGCGGGGAGGAAUGGCCCGAUCCCGGGUGAAGAAGAUGAGAGCCAUCUACCUGAUCAUGGGACGCUACAGGAAAUACAAGAUGAGAUCCUACAUCAUGAGUCUUGUCGAGCGCUUCAGGAAUGUGAGGAACAAGAAGGACUAUGGCAAGAAUAUCCAGUGGCCGCGACCUCCGUCCGUCCUGGAGGGACUGGUCAGCAUGCUGCAGAGAAUACACAACAGAUGGAGAGCAAACAUGAUACUACGCAACAUACCCAAGGAGGAUCGGCCAGCUCUCCGCCUCAAAUGUGCAGCGUCCGAUGCUCUCAAGGGCCAGAGGAUCGAUUAUGGCCUGAAGCGAAAGUGGGAGAGCAACUACCUGUCUUCGACCAAAGACAACAGCUCCACCCAUGACUUUGUGUCCCAGAUGAGUGUCCUCAAGAGUCAGGACCACUACAGCCGGGUCCUCUUCUCAUCCUUUGUCAAGAAGGCAAACAAAUUCAACAAAACUGCUGACAGGGGUGUGGUCAUCACAGACAAAUACAUCUACAAGCUUGACCCCAAGAAGAAGUUCAAAGCGAUGAGGAAGGGGACGCCUAUUUCAGAUGUGACGGGUCUGGCAGUGUCUCCGGAGCGUGACCAGCUGAUUGUGGUCCACCUGAACAGCGGCAAUGAUCUGGUCCUCUGUCUACAGAGCAAGGUCAACGAGGAGAGAGUUGGGGAGAUGGUCGGGGCUCUUGCCUCCUUCUGGCGCAGAACAUAUAAAAAAGAGCUGAAGGUCACUGUAGCAAAGAAUGUGUCCUGUAUGCUUGGGAACAAACAACGAAAUAUUUUUAUCCGAUCUACAGCAGUGAAUGGUGGGCCGGUGUUCAAGAAGGAAGGACAGGAUCUGGCACUGAUGUGGCCGUCAACGUAGCGAAGCCAUGGCACAGAUUACUCACAUCUAGUUGACACUCGCACUGACAGCAGGGCGGGACUACAGCUUUCAUACAAGACAAGACAACAAUCUCAACUAUUGGACUCAAGUAUCUGUGUAUUCACGCACUGACAAAUGGGUUACCCAUGUCUGAAAUUAUGUAACCAUUUGCUCAAGUGUUGAAGUAUCAUUAGAAGUGUUGGAAUUCAAGAUUUGAUUGUUUCAGAUCACAUCUUUAAACCGUAUGAAAUUUUUGUUUAAAGGUCACAAUGCGCAUAUUCAUGCCAGUUUAUCACCAGUGCAAUUUGUGUGUUAAAAACUUGUUUAAACUAAAUAGUGGUUGGGUAGCCCAGUGGUUAGUGUUUGCUCGUCACACCGAACGCUAGGGUUUUAUUCCACUGUGGUACGAUUCUGGUGUUAUUAUUGUGAUAAUGCUGAAGUGUUGUUGAAAAAGGUGUAAAACCCAACUCUCCGAAAACUUAUCUAUAAAAGUGACAACUAAAAAUAUAUACCCAGUUAUUUUUGUCCUCUACUGUACUUGACAGAAUGAUAUGUAUCAACUUUUAUUUUCAUUUCUUUCAUAUUUGCCCAUGUACAGAGUAACAGAUUUACACAUGGAUGUAUUGAGUGAUUCAUCUUGUGGUGGAGAAGAAAGAUUCUCAUUGGCUAAAAUAUCACUAUUCACUAAAUUUGUCAGUAUAAUAUUUCAUGUUGACAUUUAAUCAUGUCAUGAUAAAUGAUGAUGAUGAUGAUGAUGAUGAUUGAUUUAAGAUAUUUGUGGUAUCGAUAUCCAUGCUUGUGGUAUCUAUGUGCAUGUUUGCGGUAUCGAUAUCCAUGUUUACUGUAUCAAUAUCCAUGCUUGCUGUAUCGAUAUCCAUGUUUGCAGUAUCGAUAUCCAUGUUUGCAGUAUCGCUAUACAUGUUUGCAUACUGCAAGGGACAUCAUACCAUGACUGACAUAUUGUGAUAUAUCAACGUAUCGUUAUACUCCUGAUAACACUGACAAUGUAUCAACAUUAUUUUUACAAUGGAAUAUAUUUGUUAUUUUAUUCAUAUUGUACAUAAAGUCACCGGGUGCAGUUUCCAUACUAAUUUUAUGUCAGCAAAGCAGGAGAGAACAUGUUUGUCAUUUCACUACUGCAUGCUGGGACCUGAGCAUAAAAUAUCAUUGGCCAAUUCAGGUCAUCAGUGUCAUCCGAGUCCUUCAAGAAGUUUUUGUACAUUCGUGAUGGAAAUUAUUAAUUGUUGACUUCACAGCCUUAGAAGUGUUCUUUGAUGUUUAAUAAUGCCUUACCCCAGUUAGCGCCUUAGAAGAAGUCUCUGACAAUCAGUAAUGCCUUGCCGCAUUUGGAAACCUGGAUAACGCCUUAGAAGAAGUUCUCUCUGACGUUCAGUAAUGCCUUACUCAGGUCUCAAACUGGAGGCUGACGUUUGAUAAUGUCUUUUCCCAUUUUGGAACCUGGGUAACGCCUUAGAAGAGGUCUUCUUUGAUAUUCAGUAAUGCCUUACUCCAUUUUGUAUGUUCAAGACUAUAUUUUCAAUGAACGGUUGUCUUGAAAUGUCAAGGAGGAGUCAACUGACCGGUCAAAUCAGCUCCUAUAAUCUUUGAUAUUUUACAAGAUUAUUUGUACCCGUAUGUCAAUUU